AUGCGCCAUCUUGAUUGGGAUCAACCUCUUGAAGAAACUGACGCCGCGGCGUGGCAGCAGCUUCAGGAAGGCCUGCCGCAACUGGAGCGGGUGAGAGUGUCUCGAGGGCUGCGAACCGUGUCCGACCUUACUAAGAUCCAUGGCUUCGUGGACGCAUCCGAGAGGGCCUACGCGGCUGUGAUCUAUUUGCGCAGCCUGGAUGACCACGGAAGAGUCUCGACGUCUUUGAUUGCAUCGAAGACAAAGGUCGCGCCUAUCAAGCAGGUGUCAUUGCCUCGACUGGAGCUGUGCGCGGCCACGCUGUUGACCCGGCUAGCUUCUCAUUUCGGGGCACUUCUGAGCGUUCCAGUAAAAGACGUGCACCUGUGGACGGAUUCUAAGGUCACACUGAGUUGGAUUCAAAGACAUCCCGUUUGCUGGAAGACAUACGUGGCUAAUCGCGUUUCAGAAAUUCAACGGACAUUACCUGAGGCCCGAUGGCAUCACGUUAAGGGCGUCGAGAAUCCAGCAGAUUGCGCUUCCAGGGGGUUGACUCCUGGAAAACUUCUCAAGCACGAACUGUGGUGGCAGGGUCCUUCCUGGCUGACGACAUCAAGCCUCAACUGGACAGCGGAGCCCACGUGUCGGCCAAUGGACGAACCACCGGAAGCCAGGACAACCAUUCACGCUGUCGAGGCAAGAACAGACGCUGAAAUGGAGAAGCUCACACGAUUCUCGUCAUUGCAUCGAUUGUUGAGGGUCACUGCGUGGUGUCUCCGAUGGCUGAAGGCAGAUCGUGGGCGGCAUGGAGAGCUGCUGUCCACGUUGGAAAUCAGAGAGGCUCAAGCACGAUGGAUCACCAUUGUUCAAGGACAGGCCUACCCCACGGAGAUAAGGCUACUGAGAGAAAACAGAGCCGGCGGCGUCCGGGGUCCGCUCAGCAAAUUGACGCCCUUCAUCGAUGCGGAUAGAAUGGUCAGAGUUGGCGGUCGGCUGAAGCAUUCUCUUCUUAGCUUCAAUAAGAAGCACCCGGUGAUACUUCCGCAUGACUCACACUUCACCACCCUGUGCGUAACUGCCUGUCAUUAUUGA